UCCUUUAUGUGGAAUGAGUGUGGUAUUGAUGGGCUGCUCCAGGAUGUUGUUGGUCGAACAAAUGACAUCAGACUUCAUACCGCUUACAGCAUCCCGCAUGCCCAGCUGAGCUUGGUGAAGCUUCCCCCACAACUCAAUAGUUCCCGCCGAAAUGGAACGCAGCGGGUCCGAACGACCUUCAAACAACAGCUUCCAUUCGUGAUGGCGAUCAAUUAAUAGCUUUGGAAAUUGCCACACGAUCGCACUUGCAUGACUCUAUUCGAUUAGCAGUCACAAGAUCUCUCUCACCCUCUCACAACUUGGUCGACGAGUCAUUCCAACACCAACCCACAAAGCCACCCACCAUCGAGCUCUGCAACACAGAGCCAUGGCACAGGUUCAACGGCCUCUAAUUAUUCAGUCGCAGAUGAUACGACUGUGCUGUCCGCGUACGGCCAGAAAGACAUGCAGCGCAUUGUUUGCUAGAGGGAGUUGCUACCGGAAGCUGCAUACCAAGACGGUUACCGACAACGACAUCUCGCACUUGGCAAGCUUGCCGUUGCAUCCGUUGACGCUCGCCGAUCUAGUCAAACACGGAAGACCUCCGCUCACAACCCAACAACUCCUCACAUCCGCCAACUUUACCCUCUCGAUCCUGCCCGCCCGCCUCGCGCACCGAAUACAAUCGCUCCGCAACCUCCCGUUUAUCGUUGUAUCUAAUCCUCAUGUCUCCAAGAUACACUCGAAUUACAUGCAUAGCUUGUCGACGCUUUUACCAUGGGCCGAGCAGGAGAUAACGACGCUGGAGGAGGAAGUCAAGUUUACGGAGGUCAUGGCAGACCUGGUACAAACACAUGCCAAUACUAUUAGUAUACUGGCAAGAGGGUUUUUAGAGGCUAGGAAGUACAUCAGUCCCAAGGACGUGACGCGUUUCCUGGACGAGCAUCUACGAGCGCGCAUAGGCACGAGAUUGAUUGCAGAGCAACACCUCUCGCUGCAUUUCUCCAGUCAACCGCAUUGCGAUGUGAUGCACGACGUAGACGAGAACCCAGGAUAUAUUGGUGUUAUCGAUACUAGGCUCAGGCCUGCGAGGAUUGUAGAUCAUUGCGCAAACGUGGUGGGCGAAAUCUGCGAGCUGAAAUACGGCGUCCGACCGACCAUUGUCAUCAACGGCGAACCCGACUACGAAUUUGCGCAUAUACCUGUUCACCUCGAAUACAUCAUCACUGAACUGCUCAAGAACGCGUUCCGCGCGACAGUAGAGAGUGGCAUGGAGCGCGAACCCAUCGAAGUGACCAUUGCCCCACUUCCGGAACUCGUACCUGAGGAUAGGAGAAGCGAGAACGUAGAAGACGUUCGCAAUAAGAAGAUUGAAAAUGAGGACCAGGGAAACGUAGACCAAGUCUCGCAGCGCUUCACAGGCAACAACUCGCCUACAUCGCCUCCACCCGACUCGAACAUCCUCCCCCUCAAGCACAGCACGCCGGGAGUAACAAUAAGAAUCCGCGACCGAGGGGGUGGCAUCUCCCCCGACAACCUCUCGCAUAUCUGGGACUACAGCUUCACGACCUUCAACGACGCGCAAGCAACCUCGACCCUCUCAGGUGGUAAUAACUCAGCCAACGGCAUGGAUGCGCUGAACGCUUUUUCAGGAGCAGGCGGUGAUGGAGUGAACAGUCUGGCUGGGCUGGGCUAUGGAUUGCCGCUGGGGAGGGCCUACGCGGAAUACUUUGGUGGGGGUAUUGCGGUACAAAGUCUCUGGGGAUGGGGUACCGAUGUGUACCUUAGUUUGAGGGGUGUGGGGAGGGUAGACACUGUGCAGGAGGCCAAGGAGAGCGCAAGGAGGAAGCAGAAAUGAAGACACCAGAGGGAGGAGAAGACAAGUUAUCGGCACGGCUGUCAAUUAUCGCUAUAUACCCAUGAAAUCAUGUGCUCAUGCAUCAUGCCCCCGCAUCGUCACUCACGGUAUUACAUUUGGAUCUUUGUGGUACCCAUCAGCGGUGGCUGUGUAGACGACCUAUUGCGUACGGACCUCGGCGUCCUUCUCGACGGUGACGUGCUCGUUGGACUCGAGGGUUGAGACGGCGUCGUCAGGGAUCUCAGCACUGUGACAUGUCAGCCGUGUUGCGGGGAGAUGUGGGCAUGCCAGUACGUACGUGAAGCCCUUGAUGAGGGUGAACUCGUUGACGAUCUUGCCGCCCUGGUCGGUGACGUGCUUCUUUGCUGCCUCGAGCUCCUCCUUGGGAGCGUCCUUCUUGAGGGUGAUCUUGGAGUGUUAGUACGAUAACAGCGGUAGUGUGACUUGGUAGGACCCAC